AUGGCGGGUGAGCCAAACACAUCUCGCAGCCCUCCGCUUCUUGAUUUCGCUUCCUUCUACGACUCGGACCCAGCAAAGAAACAAGCCUUUGUCAGCCAAGUGCGCGAUUGCUGCUUGCACAAUGGCUUCUUCCAAAUCACAAAUCACACUGUUCCCCUUGAGCUCCAGGAGCGCAUGAUGGCAUGGAACAAGAAGUUCUUUGACCUGCCGCUGGAAGAGAAGAAGAAAGUGGGAAAAGAACUCAACACUUGGAAUCGAGGCUAUGAGCUGCUACGCUCGCAAAUCCUGGAAGAAGGCACGCUUCCCGAACUCAAAGAAGGCUUCUACGUUGGCGAUGAGAUCCCCGUCACACACCCAUACUUUGUUAACAAAAAGCUCAACUCGGGACCAAACCAGUGGCCCUCGCCCGAAACUUUCCCAGGCGUUGACGACUUCAGAAGCACGUGUAUGGACUAUUAUUAUGCUGUUGUAGCGCUGGCAAAGGACAUUCUGAAAGUCAUUGCGCUAUGUCUCGAUCUCUCCGAGGACCACUUCCGCGAAUUUGCGACCGAUGCCGUGGCGACGAUGCGACUGCUCCACUACCCGCCAACCGAGAAGGGUGAUGGCGCCGAGAAGCUGCAAAGAGGCAUUGGUGCGCACACGGAUUUUGGCGCCGUGACGCUGCUGCUGCAGGAUGAGGUGGACGGCCUGCAAGUUUGGGACAAAGAAGUGGAGCAGUGGUUUGAUGUCAUGCCCGUAAAGGGCGCCUUUGUUGUAAACCUUGGAAACCUCAUGAUGCGCUGGACCAACGACAAGUACAUUUCCAACACGCACCGCGUCAUCAACAAGUCGGGUAAGGAGCGGUACAGCAUCCCCGUCUUCUUCAGCGGCAACCCGGACUACGUCAUCGAGUGCCUGCCAAACUGCCGCCAGAGCGAGUCCGAGGCGCCCAAGUAUCCGCCAAUCACCGUCGAGGAGGCCGUGAGCGGCAGCUACCGGGAGAGCUACGGCCGCGCCGAGAAGUGGAAGGAGGAGAUGCGCAAGAAAGAGGAAGAGGAGAAGAGGGCAAAGGCUGCCAGCUUGACGAGCGCCCCGGCCGUGGCUGUGGCUUGA